CGCUGGACUGAAGUAUAUUAAGUGCAGCCUCUUGUUGGAAACUAGACUCUAAGCAGAAGUAUUUCAUACCUGCUUGUGUGCAUUGGUCAAGAAUUUCAACUCUGCUUUAAAAGUUCUUUUCAAAUGUCAAUGUUUUUCUUUAGAUAACUUAACUUCAUAACAUUCCAAAGCAUAAUAUCGUACUUUUCACUACGCUAUGUUUCAUAUUAAAUAUCGUUUAACACUUAAUAACAUCAGAAAUCUAGUACUUUCUUACUUUUUCUCGAGUUAAGUAAUUCAAAGAUUUAUUUUAGGACAAGAACGUAGUACUUUUUUAAUGUUCUUCAGUAUUAAAGAUGUAAAAACAACCACUUUUGUUUAUGAAGUAAAAGUACAGAUAUUUUUUAAUUUACACGAGAGUAAAAAUGCUUUGCGACUGUCCACUUCAUGCAUUGGAUAGAUUUAUUACCAUCAACACAAAAUCAUAAUUUUAUCAGUUCUGCGCUUUUCAUUGAUUCCAGUUUUCUUUAAAAUAGCAUUUUAGUCAAUUCAUGCUUUGAAUCAGCUUAUUGUCAGGGAUGUGCUGUGAAACAUUUUCUCCAGUUUUUUAAAGAAUCUUAUAAAGAUUAUAUUGCAAACGUUUAAUUUAUUAUACUGGUGCUCUUUACUGAUAGGAUAGAUCUGCUUAUCCUUGAAUACAUGUUUUCUCAUGUACUAUAAAUGUUUUCAACUUUCCUGUUGGUUUGUUUUCAACAUCAUUAAAUAUCAAUCAUUAAUAUGAAGGGAGGUUCAGAAUAUCUCUACUAAAAAUAUGAACCUGUGGACCAUUUAUACUGUUCAAAAACAUGCAUGCAGUGCGUUUCUGCUGCAAUAAAUUGGAAUAAAAAUAAAAAUAUCUAUUGCACUUUUUAUAGCAGCUCUUUGUAGUUAAGGAUGCGGAUCCAGGUAAUUCAUUCGUCUGAUACCACACUUGCUCCAAAGAAAAUGAUUCAUAAAUAUUAGCCGUAAACGGGAAUAUAAUGCACUUAUUGCAUGACCCAGCCUCAUGAUUUUAUGAUCUUUAUGAGUCAGUGUGUUUUCCAGUGUGAGGCGAAUGAUCUCAGACUCGUUGUUUGAUUUUAUGAUGUUGACGCUGAUCGGGAGCCAUGGUCAAUCAUUCACAGAAACAUAUUCACCAACUUAUUUGCCCAGGAUUUCUGAGCAGCAGGAAGUUGAGUUUCAGACGGUUUCCAGUCGAACGGCGAGCGUUGAAGAGAAAGGAAAAGCUGAGAGAAGAUUGACUUGUACAUUGGGUCCUGAUAUGAGGGAUGUCUGAGAGCUUUGUUUGCCAGGUUUCUUAGAGACGCCAUUGGUUUGUUAAACCCACAACAAGCAAUUAACUCCAUAUCGACCUGCUGCAGUCACGUUCAACCGCUUCAGAGAGACGAUCGAGGCUCUUCACGAUGGAUCUUUUCAUGGAGGAGCCCACGGUUUAGGCCGGACGUCAUGCCGUAUCUCGUCCACACGGCGCAUGCGCAGUUCGCGGCGCUCUGGUUUGGGACGGUUGGGUGGACGCUUGUUAUCGUAACCGUUGGACUGGUGGAGUGGAGGGUUUGGGAAGUGUCCGAUCUGUCGGUCAUCACCUCCGGAUUGGCUUGGGUUGGUAUCUGGAGAGUGUGUUUUUACAGCCACGCUCCGAUUUUAUCUGAUAAUCAGAUCAUGUUCUGUCAGCGGAUUGGUUUGUGGGAAUCGUACACGCCGCCGGAGAUCGUCGCCGCGCAGGUGCUGAUGCUCGUGGCUCUGAUACUGGGAUUGGCGGGAAACGCCAGCGUCGUUUACGGCCUCCGGAACGUUUACUUCGGAUUAAACAAAUUCAAACCCAUCAGAUUGGCAUUUUCUGCUGGUGGGGUCUUGCUAGUUCUUACCGGAGCGUCUGCGCUCGUUCCCGUGUGCUGGAAUCUCCGUUCCGUUGUUAACAAUCAGACGAUAUCAUUCCCGGAGGAGUUUCGGAUGCCGUCCGCUCCUGUGAACCAGUCCAUCGGACCCGGUAUCAUCGUGGGGAUUUUUGCAUCCAUCCUGCUGGUUUUUAGCGGGAUUAUAUUUCUAUCUUACAGGGCCCCGGUUGUGCUGAAGCCCAAAGUGAGGCCGUCCAGGCCAGGAGAAUGUGUAUUGGGAACCAAUGUGACCCAUCAGGGAAUUGACAAUGAAGCUUUCCAAUGCUGAGAUAUAUAUAUAAAUAUUAGAAGGGUUAUAUAAUGUUACUAAAAAAAACAUUAUUUUGUGUAUUUGGUG